CGCUCGCCGCGCGCUGUCCGGCGCCGCCCCCCCAAAUUACCGUGGCACCGCCAACGCCGCGCCAGCCGCUCCGACACCACCGCGGCUUUAGAGACCCUCGGACGCGGCCCAGCCCAGGGAAAGCGACCGGGUUGGCAUUACCACCUCCGUUACACCUGCGCCGCCCGAAGAGCAUCCCCGAGGGACAGCGGAACGAACUGACAUCUAGCCAUGGCCGAGGACUUAAAGUGUCUGGUGGGCGGGGGAAGUGCCCGGGAGCUGCACGAGAGGCUGGAGAGCUGCCAGCAGAACUACGAGGAUUCAACUGGAGAGCUACAGCUGAGAGAUUUGGCCUGCAAACCAAAAUGUGAACUUCAAGACCUGGAGGACAAACUAAGGGAAACUCGUGUGCAAAUCAACGAGAUGGAACGAGAUCUCAAGGCUUCCCGUGCCGAACAGUGCAGCUUAAGGAGGUUACAGCAACUGGAUAGCUAUGAGCAGAAGAUUGAAAAAUUGCGGGAUGAGAUUGCUAUGCUGGAUUGCAAAAAGUCUGUUAUCCAGAGCAGGCUUGCACGGACCUGCUCUCCUCGCCCGUGCCGUCUGAGGCCCUGUAUCUCUCCUCCAUGCCAUCUGAGGGCCUGCUCUCCACCAUGCCGUGUCAGGGCCUGCUCUCCACCAUGCCGUGUCAGGGCCUGCUCUCCAUGCCCUGUCAGGGCCUGCUCUCCACCAUGCCCUGUCAGGGCCUGCUCUCCACCAUGCCGUGUCAGGGCCUGCUCUCCAUGCCCUGUCAGAGCCUGCUCUCCAUGCCCUGUCAGGGCCUGCUCUCCAUGCCCUGUCAGGGCCUGCUCUCCACCAUGCCCUGUUAGGGCCUGCUCUCCUCCACCAUGCCCUGUUAGGGCCUGCUCUCCUCCACCAUGCCGUGUGAGGGCCUGCUCUCCUCUACCGUGCCGUCUGAGGGCCUGCUCUCCUCCACCGUGCCGUGUCAGGGCCUGCUCUCCUCCACCGUGCCGUGUGAGGGCCUGCUCUCCUCUACCAUGCCGUCUGAGGGCCUGCUCUCCUCCACCAUGCCGUGUGAGGGCCUGCUCUCCUCUACCAUGCCGUCUGAGGGCCUGCUCUCCUCCACUGUGCCGUGUGAGGAGCUGCUCUCCACCGUGCCGUCUGAGGCCCUGUGUGUCUCCGUGCCGUCUGAGGCCCUGUGUGUCUCCAUGCCGUCUGAGGCCCUGUGUGUCUCCAUGCCGUCUGAGGCCCUGCUCUCCUCCGCCGUGCCGUCUGAGGCCCUGUGUCCGUCCUCCCAAGUGCCGUGCCCUUUGUGUGAGGCCCUGCUCACCUCCCCGGCUCCGGCGGGGCAGCGCUUCACACCGCGCCUGCCUCAUAGCUCGCUAUAACUUCAUUUAUGCUAAAGAACGCUUGGCGGCAGAGGCCACCUUGAAGCAAUACUUCUGUGACUUGGAGACCAUACAUAGGAUAUUAUACAUUGCAGCUGUGGAAUCUUUCCGUUCGGCAAAGAUGGCCUUCUGGAAGGUCAGAAUAAAUGUAAAAGACACUUUGGCUGUAUGUCACAGAGGGGGACCUUCAUCACUUGAAGUUGCUGUCCUGGAUUAUAUAGCUUGCCACAAGGAUCUGUAUGAUGUUUGUUGCAGUGUCCAUGAAGUAGUUUGCACCAUGAACAAGAACCCAAAGUUUCUAUGUCCAGGACAAGUUGAUUUCGCUGUGAUCAGCCCUUUGAUUCGAGAGUUGUGCUGUUUGGCUUUUUCAAUGCAGACACUCAUUCCUCCUCUUGAUGUUGCCUUUGGUGUUGAUGGAGAAUGCUUCAAUAGGAACAUGUACUAUCGUAGCUUUGACUCGGAUUUCACAGCUCCCUUUGUGGCCUAUCAUGUGUGGCCUCCUCUGAUAGAAGAUGGUACUGUAAUUGUGAAGGGAGAGGUAGUGACUAAAAAAUUUACGUGUCCUCGCAAAUGCAGACUUAGAAGCAGAAGCUGCAGCUGUGGCCGUCCUCUGCUGUGUGGUCAAGUGCCUCGAAGCCGCAGUCUUUCAACAGUGAGGGUCAAAAGGCGCUGCUAACUGAACAUCUUCCUGCAGUGUAGUUCAUCUGGAUUCAACAACUUUGCUGGUGCCAUUUCUUUUCAGAAAUACUCAAAUCUCUCAAUAAUGCAAAUGGCAAUUGUCACUCCGAA